UUUGGGGUAUUCUUGCAGGCAUGGAGAGUGAGGAUUUGUGGAGAAAUCGUGGGGUGGCGAGAACUUCCCGCUUAAUGGGAUGACCCUCUAGAUAUUCUCUUUUAUUUGACGUAAUUCAUAAGCAGAUCAUGUCCCUUUUCUCCUUUUUCUUCUGCAUGAAAGAAUUAGAAAUCCCCAUUUUGCUUCUUCUCAUCCUCUUGUAUCAGACCCAUGGAUCAGACUGAAUCAAGGAAAGAAGAAGAUCUGCCACCGACAAGUUUUCCUAAUUGGACAAUCGAAGUUUCAGAUAUUAGGACAGUUAAAGUGAGUAAUGUCUCACCAGCUGUUUCUGAAAGAGAUAUCUUGGAAUUCUUUACUUUUUCUGGAGACAUUCAGCAUAUUGAGAUGCAAAGGGGAAGUGAAACCCCUCAGGUUGCUUAUGUCACCUUCAGGGAUUCACAUGGGGUAGACAGAGCCACACUUUUGACAGGAGCCAUGCUAGCUGGUCUUUCUGUCUCCAUAACUCCAGUCGAGAACUAUCAACUGCCUCCGAAUGCCACUUCUUUAACCUCAGACGAUACGCCAAGUGUGGUGGGUUCAGCUGUCAAGAAGGCUGAGGAUGUGGUGAGCACCAUGCUAGCCAAGGGCUUUGUGUUGGGAAAGGAUGCCCUCAAUAAAGCAAAGUCGUUUGACGAGAAGCACCAGUUGACUUCAAAUGCCACGGCUACUGUUGCUUCCAUUGAUCGUAGAAUAGGCUUCACCGAGAAGCUAAGCAUGGGGACAGCUGUCGUAAAUGAGAAAGUGAAAGAGAUGGAUGAGCGGUUCCAAGUGUCUGAAAUGACAAAAUCCGCCCUUGCAGCUGCUGAGCAGAGGGCCAGCAGCGCAGGAUCUGCCAUCAUGAACACCCGUAUCGUGUCUGCCGGAGCUUCAUGGUUUUCGAGUGCAUUACGUGUGGUCUCAAAUGCAGCAGAGGGUGUAAGCACGAUGACAAGAGAGAAAGUUGAGAAGGCGGAGGAAAGGAGGGAGAGCCUCGACAAGGAGAGGGCAGCUAUAGCUUACAACCCCGCAAAUGAUCAUGUUGAUGAAUCUCCAGGGAUUCCCAUCACGGCAGGUGACAUGACGAGUAAGCUUGUCUGAUUUUGUGUAAUGUGAUGUAUCAAUAGCUUUGAAUGUGGAUGAAUUCGAAGUUAUGAAGGUUCCACUGUGGAUAAAAAUUUGUCAUACCAAGGCCGUGGACUGAUUUCUCUCAGUAUGUGAUUUGUAGUCAUCAUCAUGAAACGUUCAAAGAUUCUCGACUGUGGUCUCGGUUUAUUUUUGUAAAAGACGAUAUCCUGUACCUCCAAGUUUGAAACCUCCUCCUUCUUCAUUUUACAUUUCUAACAUAGUUGUAUCAUUUAGGCAGGUGAAUGCUCAAACAUGCUUGCCUACAAAAAGACAUAUCUUCAGGAUAAGUAUCCAUAUAAUUUCUUUAACCAU